UUGACUCUCCGCGCUCUCGUUAGCACAAAAGACGCCGGCGUCAUCAUCGGAAAAGCUGGCAAAAAUGUCGCCGAUUUGCGAGAACAAACAGGCGUCAAAGCUGGUGUCAGCAAAGUUAUUCCUGGUGUUCAUGAGCGGGUCCUCACCGUCACUGGUCCUGUAGAAGCUGUGGCCAAGGCAUACACCCUCAUCAUUUCCCAGCUCGUUAUCUCAAACCCCUCAUCUCCCGUAACUCCUUCUUCUUCUCCAUCAUCCCUUCACACCUCGAUCCGACUCCUGAUUUCGCACAACCUUAUGGGUACGAUCAUCGGCCGUAGUGGUCUCAAAAUCAAGGCCAUCCAGGAUGGCUCGGGCGCCAGGAUGGUCGCUUCAAAGGAGAUGCUACCCCAGUCAACUGAGCGUGUUGUCGAAGUUCAAGGUUCUCCUGAAGCCAUUGGCCGAGCAGUCGAGGAGAUCGGGAAAUGUUUGUUGGAGGACUGGGAAAGAGGAUUGGGUACUGUUUUGUUCAAUCCAGGAACGGGUGACGAUCGAUCUGGAGGUAAUCGACGGGGGGGGCAUGGAUAUUCGGGAUCGUAUUCUGGCUCUCGUCGUUCCAAUGGGGACGCAGCACCUCGUGCACGCACCCCACCUCCGGGAUCACCGACCCAGCCUCAGUCUCCUGCCUCGAGCCAAACGGCAGCUAAUCUCCGCACUCAAAAUAUUUCCAUUCCAUCUGAUAUGGUUGGCUGUAUUAUCGGCCGAAGCGGUACAAAAAUCACCGAGAUUAGGCGUCUGUCUGGCUCCAAGAUCUCCAUUGCCAAAACUCCUCACGAUGACACUGGUGAAAGAAUGUUCACGAUUGUGGGUACGCCCGAGGCUAACGAGAAGGCCCUUUUUCUCCUGUACAACCAACUUGAAAGUGAGAAGGAGAGGAGAGUUGGGAGGGAAGCCCAGCAACAAUCGGAGCUGCAAGAGUGA